UACGCAAGCCGCGAAAAAAGUGCGGGCGGGCUCACGCCAGGCAGUGCCUCCGAACGGGCGGGCUGUCGCGGGCUACUCCCUCUGCCGCCCAGCAUGGGCGCCGAAGCGAGUACACCUGCCUGCCCUUUUUGGAGGCACUGCGCUAGGAGGGGACGGGGCCGCACACGCCAGGCUCUACCGGAUAUCACCGUUUGUUAGUCGUGUCCGCCAAAGCACGGCGGCCAGCAGAGGCAGAGCCCCGUGCACGAUGCAGCAUGGUGAGGGUCCGGCUGGAGCCGCUGCUGGCGAUGCUCGUCCUCGGCUCGGCCGCCAGGAAGAGCUAUGACAAGACGCACCUCGAGCUGCGACCCGCCUUCAUCCGGCCGUGCGACCUCGACCACAACGCCAUCAAGGCGGUAGCGGUGGCCCUCGAGUGGCGCGGCCGCACCACCGUCGUGUUCCACCUGAACGUGACCAUCAACCGGUCGGUGGAGAAGUGGCCCAGGGGCAUCAUCGUGGUCGAGCAGUGCGACCAGGCCGUGUCCGCGGCCACGUGCUCGACCUUCCGGACGUUCGAGUUCCACGACAUUUGCAUCCUCAUGAUGAGCGCCGCCAUGCCCUGGGCCCCGAUCGUCGCCAGCUUUCAACCCAAGAUGAGCUGCCCCAUCACCAAGGGCGAGUACAAGCUGGCCAACGGCACGCUGGCCAUGGACCUGCUCAACACCAUGAGCGGCCCGCUCCGCCUGGAGGGCCCGGUGUGGCGGUCGCGCCUGACAGCCAUCGACUCGCGGGGGGACCCGCACAUCUGCGCGGACGCCGCCGGCGAGUUCUUUCGAGUGCGGAAUCGACCGAAGAGCAAAGGCCUCAAGACGACGACGUCCGCACCCGCGGCUGCCGAGAAACGUUGACAAUCUUGUUCACUGAGGAACGAACCCACGAAGGGAAAUAAAGUUGUCUAU